AUGCCCAAGAACCGUAAUGGAGAGGAUGUGGUAGUGCCGCCCAAGGACGAUGAAGAAUUGUACUUGGAGAAAUUGGUGUUUGGCGAUGCCGAUGGAUUUGAGAAGAACUUAAAGAAAACAGACAAUCUCUUUGACUACUCUUCUGAUGAAGAAGACGAUGGAAGCAGUGACAAAUUUUUCCAUGAUGCUAGCAGUAAUUCUUCGGAGGACGAAGAUGAUUUGGAGAAUGUUCAGGAUGAUGAUUUGUUCUUCAUUGACGACGGCCAGAAACAGAGCGAAAAUGAAGACGAAGACGAAGAUAUGGAUGUAGAUGUACAAUACGACGAAGAAGAGGAAGACGUUUCUGAUGAAGAAGCAAAUGCAUGGGAAGACAGUGACGACGAGAAAUUGAACGUCUCUUUAAUUGCUUCGGACAAAUUAAAAAAGUUGAGAAAGACUACCCAUGACACAAGCAUCUCUGGAAGAUCAUACAUAGUUAGAUUGAGAAACCAGUUUGAGAAGAUAUAUCCACGUCCCGAAUGGAUUGAGGCAUUAGAAAGUGACCACCAAGACGAAAACGAGGAUGACUCAGAUAUAGAAAUAGACCGCGAAGAUGACGAGCCUUCUGGAGUUGCAGACAAUGAUACCAAUUCCGUGUUGAAAAUAUUGUCUUCGACACAGCAAUUUGUCAUAACUAAACAAUUGAAAUUGAUUUCACCCAACAAGGUCUCGAUAACGAGGUUGAAGGAUGCCAACUAUCAGAAGAUCUCUAAAUCAGCGAUCCAAUCGUUGUCUUUCCAUCACAGCCAUCCGUUGUUAAUGACUGGAGGAUUUGACAGAACUAUUCGUAUCUACCACAUCGACGGCAAGAUCAACAGUCUUGUGACGUCGUUGCAUUUGCGAAACUCUCCAAUCAGCGUCUGUCAUUUCUCUCCCCUUGGUGCUAAUACUAAGGAUGGAGACAAGAACUUGGUGUAUGCUGCUGGUAGAAGACGUUAUAUGAACAAGUGGGACUUGAACUCUGGGGAAGUUGAAAAGAUUUCAAGAAUGUAUGGCCACGAACAACACCAGAAGUCUUUUGAAUACUUCAAAAUAUCUCCAAAGGGUACCUUUAUUGGUUUAACUGGUAAUAGCGGAUGGUGCAAUAUUUUGAACGGAGCUACCGGCCAAUGGGUCAAGGGUUUCAAGAUUGAAGGAACUAUUGUGGACUUCGAGUUUUCUAAAGACGAAUCAUUCAUUGUCAUUAUAAACACUGCUGGCGAAGUAUGGGAGUACGAAUUGACUGCUCAGGAUGCUGUGUUAAGAAGAUGGCAAGAUGAUGGUGGAAUUGGCAUCACGAAGAUAAAAUUGGGGGGUCCUAAAAAUAGGUGGUUGGCUAUUGGAACAAAUAAUGGUUUCGUGAACAUUUAUGACCGUAACACAUUUACAGAAAGUACCAAACGCAAACCUUUCAAGACGGUAGAAAACUUGGUUACCUCUAUCUCAUCGCUAGCAUUCUCUCCAGACGGACAGAUUUUGUGUAUAGCAUCCAGAGCAAAGAGGGAUGCCAUGAGAUUGGUACAUUUACCAUCGGGCUCCGUAUACUCCAACUGGCCCACUAGCGGUACCCCACUUGGAAAAGUCACUGCUGUAGCAUUUUCACCCAAUAAUGAAAUGUUGGCUGUGGGUAACGAAGCAGGAAAGGUGACGCUCUGGAGAUUGAACCACUACUAA